AUGACAAAGAAUCAAUUCUAUAUUUUCUUAUCAUGUGCUACAACAGUGACAAGUUUUAUAAUUCUUCGAUAUUAUUUUCAAGAAAGAAAAAAGAAAAAACAAAAUGAAGAACAAAAAAAAGAAUAUUUAAAAUGUAGAUCAUUAUUUGAUAUUGAACAAUUAGCUAAAAAAUUGAUGAAAACACAUCGAUUUUAUUAUUAUGAUUAUAAAGCUGGUCAAGGAUAUACAUAUCAAGCAUCAAGAGAUUAUUUCGAUAAACAAUUACAAAUUCUUCCACGAGUAUUAAUUGAUGUUACACAAAUUUCAUUAAAAACAAAUAUAUUUGGAUCGACAUAUGAAUCACCAAUAAUAAUAGCUCCAUCAACAUUUCAUUGUCUUGCUCAUAUCGAUGGUGAAGUUGCAACAGCUCGUGGUGCAACUGAAGCUGAAUGUAUUUAUACUUAUAAUUGGAUGUAUUCAACUAUGCCAGAAGAAAAAGUUUUACAAACAACAGGUCCAAAAUUUUUACAUGUUUAUUUAACAACACCAAUUGAAAUUCUAGAAAGAAUUGUUUCACAAGCUGAAAAUAAAGGAUAUCGAUCAAUUGUUGUUACAUGUGAUCAUCCAACAGAUCGUGUUCGAGAUAAUGUUUUACCAUUAUUUGAAGAAGCAUCAAAAACUAUUGAUCCAGAAUUAAUGAAAAGUAUGCCUAUGGCUAAUAUGAAUGUAUCUAAUAUAAUUGUUAAACAAAAUUUAAAAACUGGUUCAAUAACAUGGACAAAUAUUGAAUCAUUAAAAAGAUUAACUAAAUUACCAAUUAUAUGUAAAGGUAUACUUUCAACAAUUGAUGCAGAAUUAGCAAUUAAACAUGGAGCAGAUGGAAUUCUUGUUAGUAAUCAUGGUGGACGACAAGUUGAUACAGCACCUCCAGCUAUUCAAUGUUUACAAGAUAUUGUUAAUGUUGUUAAUGGACGUGCACAAAUAUUUGUUGAUACGGGUAUUCGAACAGGAACUGAUGUAUUAAAAGCACUAGCAUUAGGUGCACAAGCUGUUUUUAUUGGUCGACCAGCUUUAUAUGGAUUAGCUUGUGGUGGACAUGAUGGAGUUAAAACAGUAUUAAAUAUAUUAAAACGUGAAUUAACUUAUGAUAUGGCUUCUUGUGGAAUAACAUCAAUUGAUCAAAUUAAUAAAGAUAUUCUUUAUAAGCAUACAUAA